AUGAACACACUACUGGCAUCGUCGGGCACGCCCAACUCUUCUUCGCCUCACCCGUGUGGACAACAUUCACGGGUUGUCAUUUGUGAUUAUGUUUUGAUACAUAGAGAACCGCCCGCCCCGGGGACCUCGGCAGGCCCACUGGCCGCCCGCCCAGGGACUCGCGGGGUCGGGCAGGCCCGCCAGCCCGCCCGCCCCGGGGACCUGCGCGGGCCACAGGCCCCCGCCCGCAGAGGGGACCUCGGCGGGCCCUAUGGACCCGCCCGCCCGCCCCGGGGACCUCGGCGGACCCACAGGCCCGCCCGCCCCGGGGACCUCGGCGGGCCCUAUGGCCCGCCCGCCCCGGGGACCUCGGCGGGCCCUGUGGCCCGCCCGCCACGGGGACACUCGGGCGGGCCCACUGGCCCGCCCGCCCGGGGACCUCGGCGGGCCCACUGGCCCGCCCGCCACAGGGACCUCGGCGGGCCCACAAGGCCCCCGCCCGCCCCGGGGACCCUCGGCGGCCCACAGGCCCGCCCGCCCCGGGACCUCGGCAGGCCCACUGGCCCGCCCGCCACAGGGACCUCGGCAGGGCCCCACUGGCCCGCCCGCCCCGUGGGACCUCGGCGGGCCAAAACAGGCGCCCGCCCCGGGGACCUCGGCCCAGGCCCACUGGCCCGCCCGCAGCCCUCGGCGGGCCCACAGGCCCGCCCCGGGCCGAGGGACCUCCGCCCAGGGCCACAGGGACCUCCGGCCCGGGCCCCGGGGACCUUCAGGCCCCACCUGGUGGGCGGCCCGCCCGCCCCGGGGAACCCUACGGGACCUCGGCGGGCCCACAGGCCCGCCACCCCGCCCCCCCGGGGAACCUCGGCAGGGCCCACAGGGCCCCGGCCCGUCCCCGGGGACCUGGCGCCACAGGCCCGACCCCGACCCUCGGACGGGCCCACAGGCCCGCCCGACCCCGGGGACCUCGGCUGGGCCCAUGGCAAGGCCCGACCCGACCUCGGAUGGGGCCCACUGGCCCCGCGGGGGGACCUCGGCGGGCCCUGUGGCCCGCCCGCCCCGGGGACCCGGCAGGCCCUGUGGUCCGCCCGCCGGGGACCUGGCGGACCCUGCUGGAGCCCGCCCCGGGGACCUCGGCGGGCCCACUGGCCCGCCCGCCCCGGGGACCUCGGCGGGCCCACAGGCCCGCCCGCCCCGGGGGGACCUCGGCGGGCCCACAGGCCCGACCCCGGGGACCUCGGAGGGCCCACUGGCCCGCCCGACCCCGGGGACCUCGGCUGGCCCACUGGCCCGCCCGACCCCGGGGACCUCGGCUGGCCCCACUGGCCCGCCCGCCCCCCCCGGGACCUCGCGGGCCCUGUGGCCCGCCCGCCGGGGACCUCGGCGGGCCCUGUGGUCCGCCCGCCCCGGGGACCUCGGCGGACCCUGCCUGGCCCGCCUGCCCCGGGGACCUCGGCGGGACCCUGUGGCCCGCCCGCCCCGGGGACCUCGGCGGGCCCACUGGCCCGCCCGCCCCGGGUACCUGGCGGCGGCCCCUUUGGCCCGCCACGCCCCGGGGACCUCGGCGGGCCCACUGGCCCGACCCUGCCCCGACCGGGACGCUCGGCGGGCCCACUGUGGCCCGCCCAGCCCGGGGACCCUCGGGGCCACCGGGUCGCUGCCCACUGGCCCACCCGCCCCCCCCCCCCCCGCCCCGGGGACCCUCGGCGGGCCCUAUGGCCCGCCCGCCCUCCGGCCCCGGGGACCUCGGCGGGCCCCCACUGGCCCGCCCUCCCGGAGGGGACCGCGGCGGGCCCCACUGGCCCGCCCCCCAGCCCGGGGACCUCGGCGGGCCCACUGGCCCUUCCCGCGGGCCUGGGGACCAUCGGCGGGCCACAGGCCCGCCACCCGCCCCGGGGACCUUGGCGGGCCCACAGGCCCGCCCGCCCGGGGGACCUCGGCGGGCACUGGCCCUGCCCAAGCCCGCCCCUGGGGACCUCGGCGGGCCCACUGGCCCGCCCGCCCCGGGGACCUCGGCGGCCCCGCUGGCCCGCCCCGCCCCGCCCCCGGGAUCUCCGGCCCGGCGGGCCCCACAGCCCUCCUCCCGCCCCCCGCCCCGGGGACCUCGGCGGGCCCACAGGCCCGCCCGCCCCGCGGACUUCGGCGGGCACUGGCCCGCCCCGCCCCCCCCCCCCCCCCCCGACCUCUCCCCGCGGGCACUGGCGCGCCCAGGCGGGCCCACGUGGGGUACCUCGCCCCGCACCUGGUCCCGCCCAUCCCGCCCCACUGGCCCGCCCGGGGCCCCGGGGACCUCGGCGGGCCCACUGCCCGCGGCCCGCUAGGGACCUCGGCGUACCUCCUGGCCCGCCUGACCCCGGGGACCUCGGCGAUACCUCCUGGCCCGCCCGCCCUGGGAUUCUCGGUGGCCUCGUGGCUCGCCCGCCCCUGGGCGGUUCGGCGGGCAAAGACACUUACCCUUUGCUUAGUCUUAGAACCAGAAUAUGCCACUGA